CUAAUCUUGUUCAACAACGAAAUGUUGGUUCUCAUCUUCCAACAAUUAAUGAUGUGAAUGAAGAUGAAGAUGAAAAUACAACUACUAUAAAUCGUCCUCUAUCUGUUUUAUCUCGUAUUAGUUCAUUACCGACUCGUUUAUUUUUAUUUCAACGAAAUAAUAGUAUUUCUGGUGCUCCAACUGAGAAAAUUUAA